ACUCGUGAGAGAGAAGAACGAUAUAUUUUAUUGAUAUCCGUCCCCCAAAGCCCAGCGUACGCCGGAUGCAGCCAUCACGACCCCACUGGUGGGGAUGGCUUGGGGGGUGGCACACUGUCACACGCGGCGGUGGGGAGGUGUCGCGGGUCCUCAUCAGGGUGCAGGGAUGGGGCCACCCUGAGGUGGGUUGGGGCAGCCAGGGGCCUGUCCGGGCCGGGGGCGCUGGAGGAGCCCCGUGGGGCGCAGGGAUGCGGCGUGGACCGGCACCGAGCUGCUCUCUGCUUCGACUUCCUUCCCAGCGCCGAGCCGAUUUCCUCCGGCGUCACGUGCGCGGUGUGGGACCGUGGGAGCCUGGCACGGCAUCGCGCCCCGCGGCCUCGUGGGCAGCGCCACGCCGGCAGGUAGGAUGGAGCGGCUGCGGCUUGGGGGGGGUCCCGCACCCAGGGCCAUCCCGAUGGCAGCACCUGCGCUGGGACACGCUGCUCCCGGGCUGUGCCGGUGCCCCGGGAGCAGGGGGAGCUGCUGGGGAGGAGCAGGUGCAGGGGCUGGGGGGACACGGGGCAGCGCCGGGCACCACCAACCCCACACUGCUGGGAGCGAUGGAGCCCCAGGGACGCAGAGCAGCUCCCCGUGCCCCUGGCGCUGGGUGCCCUUGUCUCUGUCCUCGUCCUUGCGGCCCUCGUGGCUGUGGCCGUCUCUUUGGGUGGAUGAAACCCACAGGCAUUUUUGGUGCCUGUGAGGUCGCCAUGGUGAGGGCUGAGCUGAUGGCGGCAGGGACCAGGUGGCAUCAGGGAUGCUGGCCCGCCAUGGGGACGGGGAGAGUGGUCUGCCACAGGGCCUGUGUGGCCCACCACAGGGACAAGGUUGCCCACCAUAAGGACAGGGUGGUCCGUAGGCACAUGCCUGUGGCCUGAUGUUUCAUAUCCUGCUCUGCCGGGGGCCUCAUCUCGGUGGGACCCCGGGCCUCGCUGGCAGAGGGAUGCUGCUGUGCCGUAGGCGGUGGCGGGACGGCAUCCUGCCCGUGCCGCGGUACCGGUGCUCUGGGGGAGGUUUGCAGCCGCCUGCUCUGCCACACGCAGAGGAAGCGCCGACCGCAGCGGGGCUGGGUGCAGGGCUGGGUGCAGGGAUGGCAGGGGGGGCAGCUGCCCCCAAAGCAACAAAGAGGGCCCUGAGCACAGGGUGCUGGGGGCGGUGGGGCAGAGCCGCCAUGGGGCUGGUUGGGUGCCACCAAGCAUCACUGCUGGCCCCGGCAGCUGUUGGAGAUGGUGCUGGCGGGAAUUUUGGCCCAGGAGCACCGUGGGACCUCGUCUCCCACCAGUCCUGUGCACCCCCUGUCCCCCCCACACGACCCUGAGCCCGGGGUCCCAGGCAGGAGCUGGGUGCGGGGACGUGUGGAGCCAGGGACGGCCCCUGGAGACCAUGUCCGAGCAGGGCGGGGGGGUUGUCAGCCAUCCCACCCAGUUGAAGGGUCCCUGGGAGAGGGGCCGUGAUGGCGGUCCUUCCCCUAGUGCCUGAUGAGCCCCUUUGCCCCCCCAGCAGCCUGUGACACAGCGAAGGACAAGGAGGGGGAGCGCCCGGAGCUGCCGGCACCGGUGAGGAUGGAGGCGGCCAAGGUCCCCCCCAGCAAGAGGAUGGCUCCCGCUCCCCCCGUCCCUGCCAAGGCCAAACCGGCCCCCAUGCUGCCCAGCAAGCUCGGUGGCCCCCAGCCCUGUGCCUCGGCCGACGUGGAGCUGGGCAGAGCCGGAGACACAGGUAGGUGUUGGGCGCCAGCACUGGGCGCUGCAGCCAUGGCGGGGCCGUGCCCUGUGCCGGCACCGGGCGCUGAUGCUCUCGCUUUGGCAGAUGCUGACGGCUUCAGCGUGGUGCCGGUCACCACAGCCAAGCUGAGCCACCCCACCGCCACGCGCCCCCGCGUGCCGGGCCAGCGGCCGCCCAGCCUGGCCCUGGGGAGCGCUGGGGGUCCCUGCGGGGGGGAGCAGCCCUGGGGGCUCUGUGCCCCUCUCCCCAGCGCGGGGCAGGCGCCCGGCCCGCCGUGGAGCGUGGAGGUGCUGGCGGCACCGCGGGCGGGAGAGACGCUGGCCCUGGAGGACCUGAAGGCUGAGGUCCGGUCCCUGCACAUCCUCGUGGACCUGAUGCGAGUCCAGCACCUGCGGGACCUGGAGGACAUGCGGCUGGAGAUGUGCCAGGAGCGGGCCAAGCGCCAGGCGCUGCAGGUGAGUCCCUGGCGAGGGGCUGCCCCGCUGCUGGGGUCCCGGCUGCAUUCCCCCCCCCAGCGCUCACAACCUCUCCCCGCAGGCGGAGAUCGAGCGGGUGCGGAAGGCGCUGCCCUGUUAGCGCGGGCGGGGGGCUGCGGUGCACCCACACGGUGCCGCUGGGCUGUGCCAUGUGCCCCCCACCCCGGCCCCGCUGCCCCCAGCGAGUUCUGCACCGACCAGGCGUGAACACCCCCCCCCUGCACACGGCCACUGCUC